AUGGUCAACAUUAGAAAUGGCAGUUUCUCAACAGCAACAUAUACAUAUGGCACCAGUGCACUUGCUCUGAGUGUGAUGCCCGAGGGGUUAUCAAUCCUUGGACACCUCGACGUGGGUCGCCCCGUGGUUUUCCAGGGCCCCAACGGCUCCUUCUUCGGGUACUCGGUGCUGCAGCACUACCACGACAGCACGCGGUGGGUCUUGGUUGGUGCUCCCAAGGCAGAAUCUAAAUACAGCACCUCUGUUCAGUCCCCAGGAGCAGUGUUUAAGUGUCGAGUCCAUACCAACCCUGACAGAAGAUGCACAGAACUGGAUAUGGGGCGAGGCAAUUCUCGGGGCACGCUCUGCGGAAAGACUUGCAAAGAAGACAGAGAUGAUGAAUGGAUGGGUGUGACACUGGCCAGACAGCCAAUGGCUGGGGGAAGCGUGCUGGCAUGCGCGCACCGCUGGAAAAACAUCUAUUAUGAGACAGAGUACAUCCUGCCCCACGGCUUCUGCAACAUCAUUCCCCCAAACCUGCAGCCCAACGGGAGGAAGCUCUUGCCCUGCUAUGAAGAGUACAAGAAGAAGUACGGGGAGGAACAUGGCUCAUGCCAGGCAGGGAUCGCAGGCUUCUUCACUGAGGAGCUGGUCAUCAUGGGGGCACCAGGAUCUUAUUAUUGGACAGGAACUGUCAAAGUACUGAAUCUCACCGACAACACAUAUUACAAGCUGAACGAUGAUGCUGUGAUAGCUAGGCGGUACACCUACCUUGGAUACGCGGUGACAGCAGGUCAUUUCUCUCAGCCAACUACCACGGAUGUCGUAGGAGGAGCUCCCCAGGACGGAGGCAUCGGAAAGGUUUAUAUUUUCAGAACAGACAGACGAUCAGGCUCUCUAAUAAAGAUUUUUCAGGCUUCAGGAAAAAAGAUGGGCUCUUACUUUGGCUCCUCCUUAUGUGCAGUUGAUCUGAACUCUGACGGGUUGUCAGACCUGCUGGUCGGAGCACCUAUGUUUUCUGAGAUCAGAGAUGAGGGUCAAGUCACAGUCUAUAUCAACAGAGGAAACGGUGUGCUGGAAGAGCAGCUUGUCCUGGAUGGUGACAGUGCCUACAACGCACACUUUGGAGAGAGCAUGGCCACCCUUGGUGACAUCGAUGACGAUGGCUUCCCAGAUGUUGCCAUUGGAGCGCCUCAGGAGGAUAACUACAUAGGAGCAGUGUACAUUUACCACGGGGACACCCAUGGUAUUGUACCUCAGUACUCUAUGAAGCUGUCUGGGCAAACAAUAAACCCGAUGCUGCGGAUGUUCGGCCAGUCCCUAUCGGGGGCAGUCGAUAUGGAUGGCAAUGGUUAUCCAGAUAUGACAGUUGGAGCCUUCUUGUCAGGAAAUGUGGUACUUCUGAGAUCCAGGCCUGUCAUUACCAUGGAAAUCUCCAUUUUCCUGCCCGCAUCCAUCAACAUCACAGCUCCUCAGUGCCACGAUGGCUUGCAGCCAGUGAACUGCCUCAAUGUCACUGCGUGCUUUCGCUUCAGUGGCAAGCGUGUUCCUGGAGAAAUAGGUUUGAAUUAUAACUUGACUGCUGAUGUGGCAAAGAAGGAAAAGAGCCAGCAACCCAGAGUUUACUUUGUGACCCCUGGAGAGGCAGUGGGGCAGAUCACAGAGAGGCUGCAGCUGUCCUACAUGCAUGAAAAGUGCGAGCAUUACCUAGCCUAUGUCAAGAAAAGAGUCAAAGAUGUCAUAUCUCCCAUUGUAUUUGAAGCUGCAUACAGCCUUGGGGAACAUGUGAUAGAAAGAGGAAAAGAGGACAAGGACCUGCCAACUCUCAAGCCCAUUCUCCGCUGGAAGAAAGGACAGAAGAUAGCACAAAGGAAUCAGACUGUUUUUGAGAGGAACUGUCAAUCUGAUGACUGUGCUGCUGACUUGAAACUUCAGGGUAAAUUAUUGCUGUCCAGUGUCGAUGACAGAACUGCUUACCUGGCGCUGGGAGCGGUGAGGAACAUCUCACUUAACAUUUCCAUCUCUAACGUUGGGGAUGAUGCCUAUGACACCAAUGUGUUCUUCAAUUUUUCUGGGGAGCUCUUCUUCAUCAAAAUGUGGCAAAAGGAGGAGCUCGGCAUUGCCUGUGAGUUGCUGGAGUCAGACUUCCUCAAGUGCAGCGUGGGAUUUCCUUUCAUGAGAUCAAAAUCUAGGUAUGACUUCAGUGUGAUCUUUGACACAAGCCAUUUGUCUGGGCAGGAGCAAACCCUUACUUUCCUCGUCACUGCCCAAAGUGGAAACCUAGAACGCACUGACUCCCUGCACGAUAAUACUCUAACCUUGUCAGUGCCCCUGAUGCAUGAAGUGGACUCAUCUAUCAAUGGAGAAGUCUUCCCUACUUCAUUUUUCUACGGUGAUUCUGUGGAAACAUCCAACUUCAUUCAAUUGGAAAACCAUGACUGCCUUUUCCAGUCUCUCAACUUCACACUGCAGGUUUACAAUGCUGGACCAAGCACUCUUCCUCGAGCAUUUCUUGAAAUUUCAUUUCCAAACCGCCUGUCAGCCACUGGAGCUGAAAUUUUUCACAUUCAGCAGAUGAUGGUUGGUCAGGACAAAGGAAGCUGUUCUUUUCACAGAAACCCCAGCCCAUGUGUUGUUCCUCAAGAGAAUGAAAAUAUUUUCCACACAAUAUUUGCUUUUUUCACAAAGUCUGGCAGGAAAGUAUUGGACUGUGAAAGACCAGGCAGGUCCUGCUUAAUUAUACGCUGCAACUUAAGCUCAUUAGCAAAAGCAGAGUCCUGUGAUUUAAGUAUCUACACGCUGCUGAAUACCGAGAUACUGAAGAAGGACAGUUCAUCAGUCAUCCAGUUCGUCACAAGGGCAAAGGUGCGGGUGGACCCUGACCUCAGAGUGGUGGAGGUGCCCAGUGGGAGCCCAGAAGAAAAACCAGUGGUCUUUGAGGCUUUGCACAAUCUGGAGCCUCGUGGGUAUGUUGUCGGAUGGAUCAUUGCCAUCAGUUUGCUGGUGGGAAUUCUCAUCUUCCUGUUGCUGGCUGUGCUCUUAUGGAAGAUGGGCUUCUUCCGCCGGAGGUACAAAGAAAUUAUUGAGGCCGAAAAGAGCAGAAAGGAGAAUGAAGAUAGUUGGGACUGGGUCCAGAAAAAUCAGUGAACUGCCUGCGAAAACUACAGCCCAGUCAUGUGACACGCGCUUGCUAGCCUGUAGGUCCUGCUCUCGUAUCUUCCAUAUGUGGAAGAAGGAAUCUUCUCCAGAUUUUUCGGAGACCCCAUUGAUGCUGUGUCUUUAUCACUCCAGCAAGCUAGGGAACAUAUCCUGAGGCAACCACUGCGGCCAUGUCAGGUGACUGGAUCAAUUCACAUUUCAUUUAAGAGCUGAACUUUGAACUUUGGUAACUAAGCUGCAGUGCAGAGCAAUAUUUAUGAAUCCAACUAUGUGGUAUACCCUCAGGGGAAGACUGUUACCUAAGAAUAUUUUUUAUAAAUAUAAGCUUUCUAUAUUGAUUAUGUCUUUAUAUUUGUAUCAAUGUUUUAUAGUUUCUAUUGAAUAGCUAUAUAGUUCACUCAAGCACUGAUAUCUGGCUAAAUCCUUGGAAAUACAUAUAUGUAUAUAUAAAUCCUAUUGUACUUUUAAACUUAAAUACAAGAGAGAAAAGAGAUUUUCAGAUAAAAGUAGCUGAAAUCCUCAUACACUUAAUUCACAAGGCUUGGCAAUGUCGUAUAUAGACCAUUUAAUGGCAAUAAGCCAAAAUCUUUUCACUGUCUUCUUUUUUCGAGUUGAAUGUGGUGUUUGAUUUAUAAACUAAAGAACCUAAAAGUA